AUGGCCUGGCGCUGCUCCGGUCGCACCAACGCCGAGCUGGUCAGCAACCUCUUCUCCGCGGGGCUGAUCACCUCUCCACGCGUGCGCGACGCCAUGUCCUCCGUCGACCGAGCAAACUACUGUCCAUCAUCCCCGCUCGCCGCAUACGAAGAUUCUCCUCAGCCGAUCGGGUUCGGCGCCACCAUAUCCGCCCCGCAUAUGCAUGCCUCGGCCUGCGAGAGUCUACUGGAGUUCAUGCCGGAGAACAAGGGCGCGUGCGUGCUCGAUAUCGGAAGCGGGAGCGGAUACCUGACGCAUGUGCUGGCAAAUCUGGUCUGUGGAGCGGACGGCGGGGGUGACGGCAAGGUCGUGGGCAUCGACCACAUCCAAGGACUGGUUGACAUGGCGAGACAGAAUAUGCGGCGGAGCGCGGAAGGACGACGAUUGCUGGACUCAGGCAAGGUCGAGCUUGUCCUGGGCGAUGGACGCAAGGGGUAUCCUGAAGCGGGACCCUACGAUGCCAUUCACGUCGGAGCGGCCGCGAGCGAACUGCAUCAAGCCCUUAUUGAUCAACUGAAGAGCCCUGGUCGAAUGUUCAUCCCGGUGGAGGGCGGUGACGGAUGGGGCAGCCAGUGGAUCUGGGUCGUGGACAAAGAUAAAAAUGGCAACGUCACCAAGAAGAAAGAUAUGGGGGUGCGGUACGUGCCGUUGACGGAUGCUCCGAAGUGA